AUCGGCCUUCAUAAUAUUCAAUUGACUAAACAAACGUAGUUUAUACGCGCUUUGUCAGAUGGCGCGUCGGAUGCCCGGUUUUCAAGUUAUCUCCAUAGCAGGAGCACGUGUAUUGGUUUGUUGCUGUCGAUAUACGUACGUGCAUAGUAUAUAUAAUAAAUAACAAACAAAAUGGCAGGAGUUAGAAAGUUAAAACGUAGGAAGAAGUAUCGUGUAAAUGUAAAUCGUAAAAGGUUACGGAAUAAGUUGCAAAAAGUACCUACUAUUCCGUGCGAACAAGUGAAGAAAGCAUGGGAAGUUACGAAAUCUGUACGCACCAACUUGAAAGAAAUGGGCUUGGCAUAUGAUGCGAAUGAAGCGAUACAAAUUCCUAAUGUAAAGCAGGAAAUGUUGGAGAAUGCUAAGAGAAAAGUUGUAGCAGAUGAGAACAUGUCAGAUGAGGAAGAUGAAGCUAUGGACGUGAUUCCGGCUAAAAAUUAUGUAGCAGAAGCAUUGGAAGCUGAAGCAAAAGCACCUAGACAACGUCUUUUAAACCUACCAAAAGGACAAGCACAGUUCCUUACUUACUUGAUACAAAAAUAUGACGAAGAUUAUAAGGCAAUGUCAAGAGAUAAGAAAAAUCACUAUCAAUUAACUUGGAAACAAAUACGUGCCAAGAUCAAAAUGUUUAAAGGAAUUCCAAAACAAUACGAUAAAUAUCUUCAAGAUAACAGUAUAGAAUGUUAGGGACUUUUAUUGAUGUGUAAUUAUUAUUUAUGUAUAAAACUUAAGUUACUAACUUUUUAUAUACAAGAAAAUUAACUGAAUACAUCCUACUAUCUUAUCCGUACUAAUUGUCUAAAUUUUAAAUAGCAGCUAUAUAUACAUUACAAAAACAACACUUUAAUAUGAA